AUGUCUGUAACGUUAACCCACGAAUCUCAACAGAAUCCUGAAAAAUUCAGGGUUCCUUUCAAAGUUGCCAAUCGAGUACUUGGCCCUAAUCAAACAAUUCCUCAUAAUGAAAAAUUAAAGCCUUUGAAAACUCUGUCGAAAGUUCUUAUUAUCGGUGCAGGAUUUGGUGGUAUGGCUGCUGUAAUUUCUACUUUGGAGAAAUUAAAAGAACCAGAUGUAAUGGUAUUUGAACGGCUUGAUAACUUUGGUGGGACUUGGUAUGCCAACACCUAUCCUGGGAUUGCAUGUGAUAUUCCUGCUUUAUGGUACUCUUUUUCAUUUGAAUUGACCAAUAACUGGAGUCGUGUUCAACCUCCAGGUCACGAAAUUGAAGAAUAUAUUUUGCGAGUGGCAGACAAAUACAAGUUAAGGGAAAAGACUAGGUUUAGUACUUCUGUUGAAAAAUUAGAGUAUGACGAUAGUAGUGCAACUUGGAAGAUCACAGCUCAUGAUGUUGCUACAGGUCGCAAGAUUAUCCAUACUGCGAACAUAGUUUUGUCGUGCCAAGGUGCUUUGGUAUGUCCCAGACAACUUGAAGUUGAUGGGCUUGAGAAUUUCAAAGGAAAGUAUAUGCACUCGGCUAUUUUUGAUCAUUCUGUUGAUUUCAAAAAUAAGAAUGUUAUUGUUGUUGGGAAUGGUUGUUCUGCAAACCAAUUGAUUCCUUCUUUGCUUUCAGAAAAGUAUAAUGUUAAAUCUAUCAACCAAAUAGUCAGGGCAAAACAUUACAUAGCUCCUCCUGUACCAUGGAUCUUAUUUUACUUGUACAAGGCGUUAGCGUUUUCCCGGAUUGGUUUACUUUUAGUUCGUUGGCUCGUGGUUUUAGUAGCUGAAUCAAGAUUUCCAAUGUAUAAAGGUGAUGGUUUACUUGCUAGAAUUGUCCGUUAUAUUAACACUCGAAGCGCUGUUAAUUAUAUGAAAACUGCUCCUGCAAAAUAUCAUGACAUACUUAUUCCUGAUUUCAAAAUUGGUUGCAAAAGAAUAAUCUUUGAUUAUAAUUAUAUUCCUUCCUUGCACGACCCGCGAAUUAACCUCCAAAAUGAGCGUAUUUCUAAAGUUGUCGAAGAUGGGGUUAUUCUUCAGAAUGGCGACCAUAUUAAAGCCGAUAUCAUCGUAGCUUGUACUGGGUAUGACAUUUCGAAGAAUUUCUUGUCAAACUUUGAUAUUAUUGGAAGAAACAAAACCAAUAUAAAAGAACUUUGGACUAAAGAGAGUCCAACUGCUUAUCGUACCAUGUUAAUUAAAGAUUGUCCUAACUUUUACAUGAUUGAUGGUCCAAACAUUGCUACUGGUCAUUCCUCGGUGGUUAUGGCUCUUGAAAAUGCCUUGAACUAUUAUGCCAAGACAGCCAAGCCAAUUCUUCAAGGAAAGGCAAAAUCAAUGGUGGUUAAAACAGAAGCAUAUUAUGAUUGGUUCAAUUCCGUUCAAAAAGAAUUAAAGAGAAGUAUUUUUGGUACUGCUUUUGGCGGAUGUGUAUCAUGGUAUGGUGAUGAUAAUCUAAAUGCAACCACCUAUCCAUGGUCACAACUUAGUUUUUGGAAAAUCACCAAAUACCCCAAUUACAAUGAUAUCGUUUAUGAAAACAAUGACAAGAAAAAUAUGUGA